CAACUUACAGAUUUCGAGAAGACUCGAGAGCUGAGGGACGAGAAAAACUAUAGGCUCCUUUGAGGUAUAAUUUGCACUUCGUUCAGGAUCACGAAGAUAAAAGCUGCGUGAAGAUGAGAAUGGCCCAACUCCCGCAUUUAGCAGUUUACUCCUUUGCUGCCAUUCAUCUUCUACUGUUCUCCAUCUGCCCAGUCAGCAGCGGUCACAUUUAUCGAACGAACGAUGCUGUCGUCGUUGAAGGUUCCUGUGGUGUCGGACCCGCUUCACCACCUCAACGUUCUCUUCCAGUUGCUGCUAUCGUCGGUGGAUCCGAAGCUAUCCCGAAUUCUUGGCCGUUUAUCGUGGGUCUGAGGAUAUCCGGAAAGAGUACUGUGUUUUGCGGAGGAUCCAUCAUUUCCACGACGAGAAUCCUGACAGCGGCCCAUUGCGUGGAUAAAAUGUCAGCGUUCGACAUUUCGACAAUGAUUGUGGGUCUUGGCAUGCACAACCAAACAGCAAACGACGCUCAGCAGACGAGGAGGGUUGGUCGCGUUGUCUACCACAAAGAUUAUAAUUCCAAGACACGUCAAAAUGACGUUGCCGUCUUGACGAUUGACCCGCCCAUCAAUUACUCCAAAGACAUUUCGCCCGUUUGCUUGCCACCAGCCAGUUCCACCGCCGAUCAAUUCGCCGACAAAGAUGCGGUCAUUAUGGGAUGGGGAGAUCUUGAAUUUCGUGGAUCUCGACCCGAUGUACUUCAGCAAGCUACCGCCCAAAUUAUUCCUAACGCAGAUUGCAAUGCGCAAUAUAACGGUAAAAUAACAAAUCAACAACUCUGUGCAAGUGCCCCCGGAAAAGACACAUGCCAAGGUGACAGCGGAACUCCAAUCGUCGUCCAAGCCAAAGCUGGUUCUACUGCAUGGACCCAAGUCGGCAUCACCAGCUUUGGAAAUGGCUGUGCAAAACCAAACUUUGCUGGCGUUUACGCGAGUGUGGCAUUUUUCAGGAAAUGGAUUGACACCUACAUGACAAGCUAAACACCAUCUUAACACCUUACGAAAAUAAAUCAUAAGACCUGACCACACAGUUCUAUGAGUGUCUAAAAGCCGUGCUGAUAAUUCCCAGUUUUCGAACACGAGAAAUUCUGGUCCACUCACAUUUUUACGGGCUCUUUUAUUUCCUGGUUUUCUUAUCUUAUGUAUUAUAUUACAUGCUAUCCACCGUACAUUUCUAAUUUGAUCUAGCUUCUUUGACAUAAUUUUAUUAUGGUUAUUAACUUCUCUUUUGGUGGAACGUUUUGGGAUUGUAUGAAAAAAAAAUUAUUUGCGUCGAAUUCUGAAUAAACGACAUGCAAAUU